CAAAGGGGACUCCUUUGUUGGAAAUGAGCAGCAAAAAGGAAUCCCUUUUCGCAAAGCAGCACAGAUACCCUCCUCCCUGCACCCUCCCAUCCUGAAUCUAACUUAGGGUUUAUCUGAAAAAAAUCUCUAAUGGCUUCUAGAUUGUGGGUGUCAAAAGUUGCUUCUCAUCUCAAACUCUCUAUUGCUCACAGAGGGUUUGCUUCUGUUGUGAAGGAUCUGAAGUAUUGUGAGUCUCAUGAAUGGGUUAAAGUUGAUGGUGGUUCUGCAACAGUUGGAAUCACAGAUCAUGCUCAGGAUCAUUUAGGAGAUGUUGUGUAUGUUGAAUUGCCAGAAGUUGGAGCUACUGUAACACAGGGAAAAAGUUUUGGUGCUGUUGAGAGUGUUAAGGCAACUAGUGAUAUCAACUCUCCUGUUUCGGGGAAGGUUGUCGAGGUUAAUGAAGAACUCAGCAAUUCUCCCGGUUUGGUUAAUGCCAGUCCUUAUGGAGAUGGAUGGAUCAUGAAAGUGGAGAUAGGAAACUCUGGUGAGGUUAGCUCUUUGAUGGACUUCGACCAGUACUCCAAAUUCUGCGAAGAAGAAGACUCAAAGCACUGAGUGAAAAGCUAAGAAGAUUGUUGUUCAUUACGCAUUGCAGAAAAUAAAAGAAAAAAACAAGUACCAGUUUCCUUUUCAUCUUUCUCUCUAGCUAUGUAUUGCUAAUGGCCCUCAAUAAUUCUUUCUUUUCAUAUUCUUUUUUUCGAUUUCGAGUGACAAUGUAGUAGAGUUUUCAAUAUUUCCCUGAGAAUAAAUCUCUCGGUUAUUAUUUUCCUUUCAUCAUUUGAUUCUGCGAAAAAUGGUGUUUUCUGUGAAAGAGUUGAGAGUGAGAAGAUACCAGUUCUCUGCAUAAGAAUGAAGCUCAGUUUGGUCUUCUCCC